AUUACAAUUAAUCAAUCUUCCAUUUCCUUUACUCAUUAGUAUAUUUCGUAUGAAGUAAGACUUCAAAGUUAGGCCAGUUUAAAAAAAAAUGUAAUAAUUUUCUAAUAUGCAUCACGUAUUUGCAAACCAUAUAAAGAAUGAAAUUCAUAAUGAAAUCUCUUUCAUAACCCACAACAAAAUCUUCUUAGAGUUGCAGUCCAUCUGGAAUUCAUUACGUCUUGAGUUAAGCACGACGGGAGACAUAUUAGUCAGGCAAUGCUUUGUUUUCUCUUAUAAAUUUGUUUUGCUUUUUUCGUAUUCUCUUUGUUUACACAAUUAUUAUUUCAUGUAUUUUUUUACAGACUCAGACGUGGAGAUAAAGUUAAGAAACUGAUGAAAUAGAACCAUAUUGUUACAUGAUUUUCGAGUAGAGUUUGUGAAUAUCUACCAACUCGUCUUAAUGUUUCAACGGUCGAAAAUUCAAAUUUAAGAAUAAGGGUUUGUUAAACUGGAUAUAUAUUGUAUAACCUAAUUAUAGUUAUUACCUAACUAUAAGGGAUAUAUAUUUAUUUCUAAUGAGUUGUGAAUAGGUCCAAAUUUAAAUGACAAUAUUUUUAAGUAGAUAAAAAAUAGGACUCUGUUUUAAUAGAUUAGAUUAUGCGUAACUACUACGCCGGGGACAAAAGUGAUGUGAAUUAAAUCCGAUUCAUAGCACGAGAGACACCUGCCCAGUCAACCUAUCUAUUGACCAUUUCUUGUUUCCUCUUUUAAAGUAUGUCAUAUACGUAUCUUCACAUGUUUUACGUAUAUCAUCCGUGUAUUUAUCAAGACUGUGUGAAUAAUAUUUGUAAAUUUCUUCGCGUUUUUUAGCUUUUACCAUCUUCGACAAUACAAUGUUGUUUUGAUGUAAAAUGAUACUUUCAAUAAGCAAUAGCUUGUGUCUGAAGCAAAGUAACAUGUUGAUUUAAGAUCCGAUGUUAUCAUGAUUUCACACCCAUUGAAGUAAACAAUUGUCAUGUUUUGUUUAUAUGUUCAUGCGAAACAAGUUGGACUAGUUUAAUUUGAUAUAAAUAUAUAUUGUUUGAAACCUCAAUAAUAAUACGUUAGUUCUAGACUUGUAGUAUACUAUAGCAUAUACGUGGAAAAAGAAGAAUAUGUUUGUUGUAGUAGACGUCAACAAAAAGAAGAAUAUGUUUGUUGCGCUAACAACAAUAUUCAUCCAUUUCAAAGGGAAAAAAGAGAGAUUGAUGUGAUCAAAUAUUAUUGCUUUUAGAAACUACUAUUGAAAGUUCAACGAGUUUUUAAGUAAAAGUCGAAUCCUUGUAAAAAUGUCUGUUCCAACGGGCAAGCAGCUGUUAUAAACUCUUCACGCCGUUUCACCUCUUUUUGACCUUCUAUCUUUGAAAAAAAUUAUAUGUUCUUAAUUACUCCCUUCCUAUCAUGUAACUUUUAUUUGAUUCUAUGUUUUCAAAAAAAAAAAAAAAUCAUUUCAUUAGGCUCUCGGUAAUAUUAUGUUAAGUAUAUCCACUUUCCUUUUUGCUUGUUUACAAAACAAAAGUUGAUGAAAAUUAUUUUUUUGCUUAUUAAAUUAAUAUAUCAAUAAAAUAUUCAAGACAUGACCAUGAGUCCAUGACAUUGGGCUAGAGUAGUUUCAACGGCGUCAGCUGCCGUUAACCUCAAUCACCAAAAUAUAUACAACAAGGGAAUCUCUUUCUCUCUCACACCAUUCUCACUUCCAUUUUUUUUUUCAAAAUCUCUUUUUCCCACACACAUUCUCUCUCUAGCUUGAAGAACAAGCUUGGUAUAGUUGUUUCAACGGGCUAUUUUAUCAAUCUCUUUCACAAAUAAAGAAGAAGGAAGAAGAUAUCUUUGAGUUGAUAUCUCAAGAAAAUGGGGAAGAAAGAGCAGAAGGAUCAUUCAACAGUAGAGAGCGUCGACAAAGUUGAAGCGGUUCUUCAUCUCCUUCGUAAACAUUCUCCUCUCACUCUCAAACAGGAGAAGUUCUGUAACAGAGCUUGUGUCAGUAGAUUCUUGAGAACAAAAGGAGACAAUGUGAAGAGAGCAGCUAAACAGUUAAGGUCUUGCCUUUCAUGGAGAUCUUCUCUUGGCAUCGAGAGCUUGAUCGCCGACGAGUUCACGGCGGAGCUAGCUGAAGGUCUUGCCUAUGUCGCCGGUCUUGACGACGAGUGUAGACCCGUUUUGGUUUUCCGCAUUAAACAAGAUUAUCAGAAGUUACAUACGCAGAAACAGUUGAUUCGCUUGGUGGUCUUUACAUUGGAGGUGGCAAUCUCAACCAUGUCCAGGAACGUCGAAGAAUUUGUCAUCCUUUUCGAUGCUAGCUUAUUCAAAUCAGCAUCAGCCUUCAUGAACAUACUUGUGACUACACUCAGAAUAGUUGCAGAGUAUUAUCCUUGUCGUCUUUACAAAACUUUCGUCAUCGAUCCUCCUUCUCUUUUCUCCUACCUUUGGAAGGGUGUUCGUGCAUUCGUGGAUCUGUCACCGACCACGACGAUUGUAUCGAUGUUAGACUUCCAAAACUCGUAUGACUACGACGACUUCACUUCAUCAUACCCAUCACGAGUCUCCUCCCUCCGUUUCGACAAGUCACCAACAAAACCAACGGACAAGAUUAGCUCCUCCGCAUCCUCUAGGUUCGCCUUCACCGUGUCCCGCGACGGUCUCGACACGGUCAAACCGUGGUGCCUCACUCUCACCGACACGUCAUCGUCGUCCAAACUCGGACACACGAGCGCGUACAUCUCACCGCUAAACGCGCGUUCUUUCUCCUUCGCGUCACCCGCGGCUAGGCGCGAGCCCAUCGAUGGACCAAGGAGAAGCUUUUUCGCUUCCACGCCGAUGCCAGCUAGGACUAGCGACCGUCACUCUAUCGGAACCCUCCGUGACCCGCGGAUACCUCGCCCGUCUUUCUUCCAGUCUCCGGCGGUGUUUUUCCGGCGAGAGUCACAAGUUAGUAAAACUGAGAAGCCGCGAGAUUCGUUCGUUCCUUUUCUCAAGUUUUAUCGUAGGCCGUACGAUGAGAUGACUUAUAGGUCAAAGAUGCGGCCCCCACUCGGUGGUCUUGUCUCUAUUGUUUCUAGCCAGAUCAGACGCCGCCACGUGUCUUUAUCUCAAAGGUUCUAACUCAUGAAGCUAUCAACCAGUUAAAGAAGUACGUAGUAUAGUAUAUAACUUUUGUUACCAUUUUGUGGCCAUUUUAUUAUGAGAGUUAUCCAUUAUUGUUUGUUUCUAUCAUAUGUAUGUUUAGUUCGUCAAGAUGUAUUUCUAAUAAUUUUGAUCAAUUGUUUAUUUAUUCAGCAUCUUUUUUCUAUUGGUUUGAUUUCUUCAACUAUCUAAAUUGUUCCAAACAUUUUUGAACUUUCAAUGCGUUGUAUAAGUUAUGA